AUGGAGAAGCAUCCGCCGCAUCGACACAGCGUCAGCAAUUCCGUCACCGUGUGGGACUGCGGCAGCGCCCUCUACGACUCCUUCGAGCUCCGGUCCUUCGAGAAGCAGCUCGAUUCGGCCAUCAACUCGGGCCGGACCCUCUCCAUGCCCCACUUGCCCGACCGCCGGGUCGCGCCCGACCCGGCCCCUUCCAAUACGGCGCCGUUGCAGCAUCCCCCGAAAAAUAAUCGCGCGACGUCGUCGAGGAUAUCGAAGUCCGUGCAGCGGUUUUUCAAGUCGGUGUUCGUUAAAGCGACGUCGUCUGGCGGCGGCAACAAGCAGCAGAAGGAGGAGGACAAGAAGCAGAGGGUCUACUUCGUGUACGAAAAGACCGGGGGGCUUUGCACGAUUCCCGAGGGACCGGAGAGCGACGGGUUCGGGUUGUCGUCGAAUAUUAAGUCGCUGGCGAAGAGGAGCGCGUCGGAGAGGUUCACGGCGGCGACGGCGGUUGGUGUUUCAUCAUGUGCAUGA